AUGGUACUGGCGUUACAGGUGAAGACGGGCAACGGGUUGCGAAUAGAAGGUGUACUCGCCUGUUGUGCUAGCGGAAACGUACGGAACGCUUGUGUAUCUGACACUGAAAUGUGCAUUGGUGGAACUUGCCAAUGGAAGUUCUGUUCACUCACACCCAGAACCACGCUCUGCGUAUUGUUUGAGAUUUCCGCACAGUUCGUCACACAGUAUCAGCAUGCAGAUGGCAGGAAGCGAAUCCGCGUCACGACCACUUGCCGUUCGUGGGCUGACAUGGCCACACAGCAACCAAAUAUCGCCUACAGCUUUGAUCAGGAAGCUGGUGCUGUAGCGAUGGCGCGUUUAGCAUCAUGGAGGGCUGCCAGUGAGAACGAUACUCCGGAUGCGCUAAGAUGGCUUGAUCGAACAUUGAUUAGACUGUGUCAAAAAUUUGGUGAGUACGUUAAGGAUGAUCCCAACUCGUUCCGCCUCUCGGACAAAUUUUCGCUAUUUCCACAGUUUAUGCAUAUCCUAUUCAUGGAAAAUGUGCUUGAGAGUACAACAAUGAUUCAACCUGUGUUAUUCAGUUAUUCUUUUAGCGGACCACCAGAACCAGUUUUACUUGACACUUCCUCUAUAUUGCCUGACAGAAUUCUUCUCAUGGAUGACUACUUCCAUGUGUUAAUCUACCAUGGGCAGACGAUUGCCACUUGGAAAAGGAUGAAUUAUCACGAGGAUCCGCAAUACGCUACUUUCAAGCAGUUGUUGGAGGCACCAGUAAGUGAUGCCACUGCUAUUCUUCAGGAAAGGUGGCCAAUGCCUCGAUAUAUAGUAACGGAAUAUGAGGGAUCUCAGGCUCGGUUUUUGCUGUCGAAAGUAAACCCAUCACUAACGCAUAACAACCCAUACGCCUCGGAAGGAGGCGCUCCGGUAUUCACAGAUGACGUGUCGCUGCAGGUGUUCGUGGAGCAUCUCAAAAAGCUAGCCUCUUCUUCAUCUACGUAG